AUGCUUCCCACCUUCCCCUCCCUCCUCCUCCUCCUCCUGGCUGGUCCUGCCCUCCUGACUUUAUCAGCCUCCCAGGAGUUAGAGGUCAGGGGUCACAGGACACCAAGGGAUACCAAGCAGGAUACAAUCAAGGUUGUGAUCUCUGAGGGCUGCACCAAUCACGGUGAUUCAUCUGAUGGGAGCCAAGGAGAUAAAGAAAUUGAUCUGGUCCCCGGUUCUCCUUUGGUCCUGACCCAUAAGAUCAAAUUGGUUCCGUCGGGUCCAGGUUUUGGGUCUGGGUCUGGAUCAUGUGGCUGCGAGACGGACUUUGCUGCCCUGCGGGAGCGUCUGGAGAGGCUGGAGAGGGAGGUGUCAGCUCUCAGGGAGAAAUGCGGAGGACCUGAGGGAGGCUGCUGCACCUCCAAGGAGAGCAAAGGUGCUGGAUGCUCCAUGAAGCCGAAAAUUGACGAAUGUCCCAAUGAGUGCAGUGAUCAGGGUCGCUGCGUGGAUGGCAAGUGCGUUUGCUUCCCUGGUUUUAGCGGGCCGGACUGCAGCGACUCCAACUGUCCAGGAAACUGCAACGACAAAGGAAAGUGUGUGAACGGACAGUGUGUCUGCGAUCCUGGCUUCGCUGGUCCCGACUGCUCGCAGAGAGGCUGCCCUGACAACUGCAACAACCGGGGCAGAUGUGUAAACGGUAAAUGCGUAUGCAAUAGCGGUUUCACAGGACCCAGCUGCUCAGACGAAUCCUGUCCUGGAAAUUGCAACAACAAGGGGCGCUGCGUCAACGGACAGUGUGUGUGCAAUCCUGGAUUCACUGGUCCGGACUGCUCAAAGAAAGCCUGCCCUGACAACUGCAACAAUCGUGGAAGGUGUGUGAAUGGUAAAUGUGUGUGCGACAGCGGCUACACUGGUGCUGACUGCUCUGAGAUCUCCUGCCCUGGUAACUGCAACAACAGGGGGCGCUGCGUUAACGGACAGUGUGUUUGUAAUGAUGGAUUCACCGGUUUGGACUGCUCCGAAAAAACGUGCCCUAAUGACUGCAACGAUCGCGGCAGAUGUGUGAAUGGUAAAUGUGUGUGUGACAGUAGCUUCACUGGUGAUGACUGCUCUGAGAACUCUUGCCCAGGUAACUGCAACAACAGGGGGCGCUGCGUUAAUGGACAGUGCGUCUGCAACGAUGGUUUCACUGGCCAUGACUGCUCUGAAAAAGCUUGUCCCAACAACUGCAGCAACCGUGGGAGGUGUGUAAACGGGAAGUGCGUUUGCGAUGUGGGCUUUGCCGGACCAGACUGCGCCGCCAAAGGUUGUCCCAGUAACUGCAACAACAAAGGACGGUGUGUCAAAGGAAAGUGUGUCUGCCGGCGUGGGUUCACUGGACCGGACUGCAGCCAGUGUGAGGAGGGGAUGACAGGACCAAGCUGUGAUACCACCAUGUCAGGUGUUACCCAGCUGAACACCAGAGAGAUCACAGCCACAUCCGUCACUCUGAUCUGGACUCCACCUCCUGUCCAGUAUGACACCUACCACAUCACCUUUACCAGCCAGAAAGAGAGUGACCAGAAGAUAACGGUGCAGGUGGAGGGCAGCCUGACCACCUUCACCCAGACGGGCCUGGCAGCUGGUCAGGAGUACACCGUCAGCAUCACCGGAGAGAUCGACGGCAGAAGGGGAGCCGAGAGCUCCACAGAAUUCACGACCUUAAUCUCUGGUCCCACAAAUCUCCAAGUCGUCAAGACGACCUCCACGUCUGCGGUGGUCCAAUGGGAGCAGUCGCAGGGUGAGAUUGACAGGUACCGUAUGACUGUGUCACCCAAAGACGGAGCAGGGAAGAGUCAAGAAAUGACCUUCCCUCCUGGCAGAGACUCUGCCCACAUCCAGCAGCUGGAGGCGGGGAGUUUGUAUGACAUCAUACUUGUGGCAGAAAAAGGCAGGAGUCAGAGUGAACCUGCGUCCACUCAAGCAGUUCCUGGCCCGGAGCCUCCGACUGACAUAACCUUCAGCAAAGUGACAGAAACAUCUCUGACGGUGUCCUGGACCAAACCCAAUACACCCGUCAGUGGUUUCAAGAUCACAUACACCCACACUGAGGAAGGUGAGCCUGUGUCAGUGUCCGUGGACUCGAACAAUUCUUCUCUCGGCCUAUCACAGCUCUCUCCUGGCUCCUCUUACGAGGUCAAUGUCAUCUCCAUCCUUGGAUUGGAUGAGAGCGACCCCAUCAGGGAAUCUGUCAGGACACGACCUGACGCUCCUACAGACCUAAAGGCCGUAAACGUCACAGACACCAAGGCCUUGUUAUUAUGGCGUCCAGCAUUGGCCGCCAUUGAUAAAUACACCAUUGUUUACAGCUCAGGAAAAGAUUCACCAUUGACGGUCACAGUGUCUGGAAACGCAGCGGAGCAGCAGCUGAGCGGUUUGGAAGGAUCCACCACCUACACUGUCACCAUAACCAGCGAGUUGGGCAGCCAGCAGAGCUCAGCAGCCACCACCAGCUUCACCACCAACAGCGGCUCUGGAAAACUACGUGACCUUCAGGCCAGUCAGGUAACCCCUCGCACCGCCUUGUUGACAUGGAAACCACCCUCAAAGGUUUUAGGAAACUACAAGCUGACCUAUCAGACAGAAGGUCAAGAAAUGAAGGAAGUGAUUGUGGAUGCCUCAGUAAGAGAGUACAAGCUGACUAAGCUUCACCCUGGAUCCAAGUACAAUGUACAGCUGCAGAUGGAGGGAGGAGGAGGCUCCAUCUCUACUGACUUGACCACUGGUACCUUACGGUUCCCCUUCCCCACCGACUGCUCCCAGGAGCUGCUGAACGGCAUCAAGACAUCAGGCGAGGUCGAGAUUUUCCCACACGGGAAACUCGGGGCACCGCUGAUGGUUUACUGCGACAUGGAGACAGACGGAGGAGGAUGGACGGUCUUCCAGAGGAGGAAGGACGGCUCGGUGGAUUUCUUUAAAGGUUGGAAGGAGUACGUCAGGGGAUUCGGAGAUCUGAGUGGAGAGUUCUGGUUGGGUCUCGACAGUCUCCACAACCUGACAACGAUGACCAGGAUGACUCUGCGUGUCGACAUGCGUGAUGGAGAUGAGGCAGUGUUCGCCAAAUACUCAACAUUCGAGGUUGCCAAGAGGAACUACAAACUGACAGUGGGCGGAUACAGCGGCACUGCAGGCGACUCCUUCAGUUACCACAACAAUCGAGUCUUCUCCACCAAGGACCGCGACCCAGCACCGUUCAUCACCCGCUGUGCCAUGUCGUACCGCGGCGGCUGGUGGUACAAGAACUGCCACGAGGCAAACCUCAACGGCCUGUACGGCAUCGAUGUCAAACACCAGGGUGUGAUCUGGACCAGCUGGAAAGGAAAAGAGUUCUCCAUCCCGUUCACUGAGAUGAAGAUGAGACCAGCAGCCUUCAGUCCUCCGACCAGAGGAUGAGAGGAUGACACAAGAUAAUGAACUGUUACACAUGUGUUGGACAACACGUGAACAAACACACACACACGAGAUGAAGACGUAUUUUUUCAUUUGUAUAGAGGACAGUUAUCAGUAUGUUACUGUAGAUUGUACAGUUUUCAUGUUUUUAUCAUGUUUUUAAAGCAGGGCUGCUCCAACUCUCUAUAUUUAAAGGGUCAUUUCACCCCAAAUUACAUAAUAACAAAGUAUUUCAGAUCAUUCUGGUUUCAUGUGCUGAUAUUUUGAUAUAUCUGAACUUCUACCCCAAAUAUAAUGUAAGAUGUAUACAUGGCUGCUGUUUGCAGCACUUUUGUCGAUGUUUCUCUUCUAGUUGAGUCAGAGGUGAUUUUCUUUCUGUGCACGCAGAAUUUUUGUUUUUGAUGUAAAUAAAAAUCACACUACA